AUGGAAAAUUUAUUUGGAAGUAGACCUAUUUCUGUCUCAGCGUUGAAAGACUUCUCGAAACUGUGAGUGUUAUAACGUAAGCUUACAAUGUCUGAGCAAGUGUUUCAAAUUAACUUUAUUUCGUCAACAAGACUUGUAUAAGUUCGAAUGUUAUUCGCAGUUUUAAAGCAGUUGAGAUACUAGCAGGCUUUGUUACACAAAAUGUCGGUGAUAAACCCGACACAUUGGAGCUGUAGGGGCAGGUGGCGAAAUAUGUCAUUCCGCUUUCGUUUUGAAAUUUAGGCUUUAAAAAUUAAAAUUUAAUUUACUGUAGUUGUUGCUUCAGGAAACGAUAUGAUUUUGAAUAUUUUAGGAUAUAAUGUAUGUUCAAGAUCUUACGAGCUAUCACUGUCUGAUCUCGUGAGAUGAUAUUGGAAGCUUAAACGUGAAAUAAAUUAAAUCUACUUCUGUUAGGGUUUGUUUCGCUUAUAGUAACUUGAGAACUGCUCAAAACAAAGUCGAAACAGGAACGCUGCGGGAAGAGAAGAAAUAAACCUUUGCUAACCGUGUAGUUAUUUAGAAUACAAGUGUACCGUUCCAAAAGGUAGUAAAAUAAAUGUAGUUAGCUGUUAAUGAAAGCUGUAAAGAAAAGUAAAGAGCAAGGUAAAAAUGGUGGGAAGUUGACUUUCAUGUACUGGGAUAUAUAAAGUUCCUAAAAAGUACUUGUUUACAAUGUUAGAUAGUACACCACUGUCAUUUCAUGAGUGAACCUAAUUGCUUACAAAUAAGAAUUGAAACUGUACCCACACAGUUCUGCAUUUUCUCUUUUGUUAGCAUUUAGUCACCCCACAGAAAGACCAUCUUUGAAGUUUUGGAAAAAGGGAGAAUUCUUAUUAUUUAAAGAUUCAGUCUGCUCUUAGUAGCUGAUGAAACUCUUAGGGCUGCAAUGUGUGUAAAUUGUAAAAAAUAAGACAUGAUGUCUGCGUGGGCGCAGCUCUGCAUCUUGAAACCACUGGUUUGAGAUAAUCUAUUAUUGAUGAUGAGGUUUCCUAUUUGCAGUGAUCAAUCAACACGAAGUCAUCUUAGGAAUGUGUAUGCCUGCUUGUCUUUAUCAAUGUUAGCUGCAGCGUUUGGAAGUGGAGUCCACCUUUUUACAGAUAUUUUGAAGGUAUAUUUUAUUUUACAGUUACAUGUACAUAAAGGAAACUGUGAUUGCUUGAAAUAUGUUGGGAAUGUCAGUCCUGUUAUAAUAAAUCACUUUGGAGAUCAGGACACAGCAGCAAUCUGCAAAACCACAGAUAAAAUUUCCAUUUUUGUUUGUGGUAUCCCAAUGAUCUAGUUAUUUCAUAAGUUAAUUGGGACAAACCAGCUUUUUCACUGCCCUCUAAUAACUUUCUAGAAGUACAAAUGCAACGCGGUUGUGCAAAGGUUUUGCAGUUUGGUAGUUGUCAUGACUACCGAAGAAAAACGUUGACAACUUUUUCAUUUGUUGUUCACUGUCAAGUUAUUAUUAAUGAACUAACAAUAAAAUUCUUAACAGAAAUAGAUCGAAGGCUCCUGUGAGCCAGCUCGUGGAUGAAUUGGAUCAGUGUUGAAAAGUCAGUUCAAUAGUCAACAAGACCCCCACAAUGGGGGUGCAUUGGUUCGCCUGUGUACAUGACAAUUUGUUAGUCGGGGCUGUAUAGUAACUUCUACUAGCGAACAAAAAUAGGCAAGUUAGCCAAUAACGUGACCAGUUUGAUCUAACCGGAAAUUGCAAAAAAUUAUUCUGCACUUAUGAAAUGUGACAGGGACAACUUUUGGCAUUUUUAAAAUGCUGUUAUAUAGCAGUAAUUUUCUGUUCUUAAAACUUGCAAAGCAAAUAAAGUUUUAAUUUUCUUUCUGUCUGAUAUGGCAUUCAAAGGUCUUCUUACUAUCCAGGUGAAUAUGUUUCUAUUUGACUGAGAGAUCUGCAAAAUAAUAUAAACACUUCCAUUAAUAAAUCCAAAGAGUGACUUUUCACAUGAAGGGAGAGAAUUGCAAUAACAUCAGAGAGAAAUUUGUUGUCACAUUUUGGGAGAGAAGGCACUUAGGGUUCUUUGGCCAAUUAGCUUUUCUCUGAACUAACUCCCAUCUUCAUGCUGCGAUUGUAACGCAAUGGUUCUUUUACACUCAAUCGGUCGCAUCAACUCCAUUUUAUCAGGCAAAAUAUGUAAGCCUUUCUAGUACUUCAAACAUAUGUACAUGAAGCACUUGGAACAAAAGCAAUACUUAGUAGGGGAGGUAGGAGUGAAAUGUUUCAUGCAAGUUUAAUGAAUAAAUUAAUGGGAGUCAAGUGAGUGAGCAAUCAAGUGCCAUUUGAGGGCCUUCAAUAGCCAGUAUUCCAGAUAAGAGAUGGGUCUCAGGUCAAUGCCCCGACUAAGAAGGCUUCCUGACCCGACACAAAUAAGAUAUAAAAUAAUGUUAAGUUAAAUAUUAUGAAAAUAAACAUAAGCAUGGGUCUGGGUGACCCCUCAGAUUGUCUUCAUGACCCCUCGCUUGAAAGAAUUAACUGGAGCACUGAAUAGCUCAUGAAAUGACUGCAUCAUCCUGACUACAAGCAUUCUCUGUUUCUUUCUCUGUUAUCUACUCACCAUUUGGGUGUUCCCCAAGGUUCAGUUCUUGGACCUGUUCUCUACCUUCUGUAUACUGUGCCACUUGCUAAAGUGAUAAGAUCUUAUGGCUUAGAUUAUCAUCUAUUCGCCGACGAUACUCAGUUAUACUUUGCAUUCAAAUCGGUGGAUGUGGACGCUGCUAAAUCGAGGGUCGAGAACUGCGUUUCUGCAAUAUGUCGCUGGAUGGAUCUCAACGAAUUGAAGCUAAACCACGACAAGACGGAGGUCAUGCUUAUCCACUCAAAGCAUCGUCCCUCUCCAUCCUUUCAGUCCUUAUGUGUUGGUGACGAGAGCGUGGCUGCCUCUCAGUCGGCUAGGAGUCUUGGUGUUAUCUUUGAUGAGCACAUGUCUUUUCAUGCACAUGUGUCUAGCAUCUGUAGAUCAUCAUUUUAUCAUCUCAGGAACCUAUCUAGAAUUAGGAAGUAUUUCACUAAAGAAUCAGCAGAAGUUGCUGUUCAUGCAUUUGUCACAUUGAAACUAGAUUACUGUAAUCUAUUAUUAUACGGCCUACCUAAGUAUCAGUUACAAAGAUUGCAGUAUGUACAAAACACGGCGGCUAGAGUUGUGUUGCAAGUGAGUAAGUUUCAGCAUAUCACACCUCUUUUGUGUGCGCUUCACUGGCUACCGAUUCAAUAUCGUAUUAUUUUCAAGAUUCUGCUCGUCGUGUAUAAAUCACUGAAUGGGACAUCGCCUAGCUAUUUAGCUCAAAAACUACAUUUAUUUAUUGUCCUCAUUCUAGAUCAUUGAGGUCUGUUAGUAAUGAACUUCUAAUGCAACCUAGAUCGUAUACCAAGACCUACGGAGAUAGAGCAUUCACUGUUCAUGCACCAAGAGAAUGGAACUUAAUACCCUAUGAAAUUCGGAAGUCCAACACCAUCUCGAGUUUUAAAAGAUCACUUAAGACGUACUUGUUUACUAAAUUCUGUGAUAACGGAUCAUUGUGUUUAUAAAUUUGUAUAUAUUGCGUUAGUUUUAAUUUUUUCCCUUUUUUUUAUCAUUAUGAAUAUGGUUUAAUAGUUGUUUUAGUUUCAAUUUUUCCUUUUUUAUCCAUUGUAAAUAUAUUAGGAUAUGGUCGUAAAUUUGUAAAUAUUUUUCAAUAAUGUUGUUUACAUGAUUGUAAAGCGCCUUGAACAUAGGAUAAGAGCGCUAUAGAAAUAAAGUUAUUAUUAUUAUUAUUAUUAUUAUUUUCCUUGCUUUCCUUUCAUUUCUUUUCACUCUGUUUCAAUUCACUCUGCUUUCCAAUAUGUGAGUGGCUGGAACAGGCUAGCUAGAGUGCGGUACGAAAAAACAACAACAACAGCUAGCACCUUUCACAGUUUUUGCAUCUGUAGAUUGUAGAAGAGCCACUAGGAAUGUACUAAUCUCUGGCAGUUUUUACAUGUACAUGUACAUGUAUCUUUGAUGGGUUGGGGAAUGGGUAGGCGUGGCACCAGGCAUUGGACCCAUUUGUUGCUAUCCCCUCUGGGUGCACUGUAGGUCUUUGGCAGUAAAUCUGAGAAAUUACAUUAGUCAAGUACCAUUGUAAGUAAAAUGAAUUUUAUUACAUCAUGCAAUUUUCAGAUCUCUGUACUCUAUACUUUUUCUUGUCGUAGGCAAAGAGCAGAGUUUGCAUCUGCAGCGUUCAUGUACAAAGUAUGUGUAUUGAUAGAAAUUUUGUUUUUGAAGGGUGGUUUUUUGUCUGCCAUUGCAUCCAUUGGGCUUCUGAUUGCUCUUGCUAUGACUCCACAUGAUGGAAAAAAUCAGUCAAAAAGAAUGGGUAAGUGAUUAUUUGGUUUGUCACAAAAAGGAAUUUUUUUCCAGCCAAAAGAUCCCACUUACACUACUUACUUUUACACACCUCAUCUCAAAAAAAUCAAAUUUAUGAGGGAGCCUGAUAAUACUCUCAUAUACUUCUACUUUAAGUCCAUUGACAAGAGAAAGUUUGAUAAUGUUGUUUUCAGUCUGAGAAAGACUGAUAAUUGUGAUCUAACCAUAAUGAUAUCCACUCCAGCGAUACUUAGGCAUUAUACCACUCAUUUUAAGUAAAUGCCACUUAUCAGGGCUUCUGAUAUUUCACGUGGUCGCGGACCCGCAAAAUUCUGGUAUUUCCGCGAAAUCCCGCGAAAUUCCCCCAAAAAACGCGAAAUACCGCGAAAUUCGCCAGAAAUAAUUAUUUCCGAAUACAUGUCAGCAAAACAUAUUUAAUUCUUAUCUUGGCUAUUAGACUGGUUUUAUUCACCCCAAACAUCCAAAUUUAGCUUGAAACUUCGUCACUGCAACGAGUAAACAACGUCCCAAAACUACCAGGCGUUUUUAGAUGAACGUUGUGAAAAACUGGGCACUAACCAUAAUGUUAAUAGCUUUAACAUUCGCUCAUUUCUCAAGCGAACUGUUGUUGAAAGAGCAAAAUUAAUGAUUAUCCCUGUUAAAAAAGAUGUUCACCAACGCUGGUCAUAUCGACGCAAAAUUGAUCGAUUUUAGCAAAAUUUGCCAAAAAAAAACCCAGCAAAAUUGGCUGUUUUUUACUGAUUGUUUCUAGGCAAAGUUUCCCCCCAAAAUUUCCUGUGAAAUCGGCCGAUUUUCCUAAGAAUUUGCCCCUGAAAAUCCUUCAAAAAUUGACUUUUUUCUGCUAAAAUCCCACAAAGUGGGCCGAUUUUUCUGCGAAUUUUGACUUUUCUCUCGCAAAAAUCGCCCGAAAUGGGCCGAUUGUUUCGCGAAUUUUGACUUUUUUCCUGCGAAAUCGGCCGAUUUUUCCGCGAAUUUGCCCCUGAAAAUCCUGCGAAAUUUUGCUUUGUUUUCCGGGAAAUAUCAGAAGCCCUGACUUACGUAGUUUUUUUCUGGAUUUUAACUGCUGGUACUAUUGGCAUUAAACAGGUUAAGUAAUUAUGCUCCCCAGAUCAACCGCAGGCUCUGAAUAAACAGCCCUACAAUACCUUUUUACCUACUAAAUCAUAAAUAAUUUUAAUAAACUUAGUCUUUCUGGUCUUGAUCUAGGGCAUACCCAGGAGUGAGAAAGUAUAUACAACAUGUAUUAACACCUUUUGCUUUUGCUCUUUUAGGAUUUCUCAUGGGAUUUGCAUUUUGCACAGGUAAGGUACUGACCCCAGUUGUUCAAAAGCUGGAUGACACUAUCAUUUAUCCAGUGGAUAAUGCAAUAUUAGUUUCCCUAGUACUUAUUCGCGGGAUGGUUUUUUAUCCAGUGAAUAGCGCUGUCCAAUGUUUGAACUACUGAAGCCUGUACUUUAGUUGUAUAAGUUAAUGUUAGAAGGUGUUAGUUUCUAAAGAAACUAUGGUAUUGCAUUGGUAAGGAGUGAAAUACAAAGAUUUGGUUUUACCAGCUGAAGUACAGUUUAAUAAGGUAGAUUGGCCACCAUAGGUAGAUAGGGAAGCUGUUACAAGUAUGUGUUACAGGUCAAAAUUAAAUUCAGGUUGAAAUUUUUUUAACCUUUUUUUAACCUAGGUUGAAUCUCAAUUUCCUUUGUCUCCUUGUCCUAAUUAUUCAUGAAUCAGGGCUAGGAAACAAAGGAAAUUGAGAAUCAACCGAGGUUAAAAAUUUUAACCUGAUAUAAGUUUGACCUGUAACAUAUGUUUCAAGCCCAACGCCUUCAUCAGAACAAAUCAGGGAAUUGUGUGGGCUUUGUGUGUUUUUUAUACCAGAGAUUUGAGCGAUUUUAUACAUGAAAAACAAGAGUAUGUGUGACCUUACAUGCAAAAAUGUUCCAAUAGUACCCGUUUGAAUGGCUGGAUGCACAGCAAGCAAACAGGCGAGAAACAAGAAGACAAGCUGAUCGGAAGGGGUAUCAUGAGUGGCUGAACAGCUACAGAAAACUUUUAGCUGGAUGACAUUGAAUGGCUGAAGAGCUGAAGAAAAUUUUUGAACAGCUUUUGCUCAUUCUCACUCAUUCACAAGCAAGAAAAAAACUUGUGAAUGAAGGCACAACGACAAUUCACGUGGUCAAGUGGGUAAGAUCAUGAAGAAAAAACUACCUGCUCCUUGAAACUCAAAGCAAAGCCAAGUGUUUAACCAUGCAGAUUUUUAAUUUACACUUUGCCUUGAAUUUCGUAAAAGUGAGUGUGUUGUCAGUAAUGAGAUAUAUAUGUACAAUGUGGCUUGGUAAACAGCUUAAAAAUAAUAAUUGCUGCAAUUCUAUUUAAGGAUUGGGUCUUGGUCCUCUGAUGGAUCUUGUCAUCCAGAUUGAUCCCAGGUCAGUAAGUUUCUGAUGUAGUAAAUGCAUGUAGUUUAUUAAUGAGUUCCAUUGGGUUAGUAUAAUCAUAAUUUAAUUUCUUGGUGUUUACAGUACAUGUAUACGGCAUACUGGAAAUGAUUGUGUCCUUGGGAUUUACUGUUUGUUAUGUUACAGUACAGUGCAUCGACAUGAACAUUAUGUUAAUCUUGUCCACAGUACUCUCAAGACUCUAGUAUGUAGUAGUGAAAACAAAAAAAAAUGUUGUUCAUAAAAUUAAACCAAAAACCAGUAUUGCUGUUUUCUUUCCAUGGUGAACAGCCAAAGAACAAAUGUGAGAUUAAACGCUGAAUUCAUGUGUGCUUUGAAAGCAUAAAAUAGCAAGUUUGCAUUAAUGGGGUUUGCAGUGUAUUAAUUUUAAAAAACUAUAAAGUGGACAUCUCACCCAUUAUCAUCAUUGUCAUCCUCAUCAUCAUUAUUGAAAGUCUUCUAAGUUACAUUGACCAUAAAGUGAUGUUUUAUUUUUACAGCAUUAUUCCCACUGCUUUCUUUGCAACAACGUUGAUAUUUGUCUGCUUCACUCUGAGUGCCUUGUGGGCUGAGCAAAGAACUUAUCUAUACCUGGGAGGUGAGUGUACUGUGUUGUAAUGCUAAAGAUGUAACUAUCAAUCAUACCUUUAUUAACUAUAAGCUUUUUUUUUCUUCUUUAGGUACAUUGAUGUCUGGCUUGAGCAUUCUGUUUUGCCUGUCCCUGGUCAAUCUCUUUAUUGGAGCCCGUUUCAUUUUCCAGGUAAAGAAAAUGCACUGGUCAGUCAGUGCCUGGAGCCUUAUUUAUUGAUCCAUUUUAUUUUGUUCUUGCUGCUGCCCCUUGGUGUUUACAGGUAGUUACACCAGGAUGUGCCAUUUAUUCUUCAAGUCUUUGUCCAUCCAAGAGGCCAGCAGGUCUAAUACAGACAUGCAAUAGUGAAGUGUUAUUUGUUUAGCGUACUAAAGUUUUCUGUAGAAUUCAAACGUUAGGACAAGUCAUCUUGUUAGACUAUGUUUGACUGAGGUCAAACUGGCUAUUUAGCCAUAACCAAACUAUUUAUGGAAAGGUGCAAAAAUAUAAGUUGCGUUUUACUGCAUUUGAUUGUCAUGCUCAGUAUGGAAGCUCAUGAGAGGGGUGAAUGUAAUGCCUGUGCAUUGUAUUUUCUUAACAGCUUCAGUUGUAUGGUGGUUUGCUUCUGUUCUGUGGCUUUGUGCUGUAUGACACCCAGCUGAUUGUCCACAAGCGCAAGCAAGGAGACAAAGAUUUUGUCUGGUAAGAUCCAGAACUCCAUCAUAGCUUUUUAAUUCUGCUACGUUUGUAUUUGCUUGCUUGGUGAGUAAUAGCUGGUGUUCUUCUAGUGGAACCUUGAUAUACAAUGAACGUCUAUAUUAUGAAGUCCUCGGUAUAAUGAACUAUUUUUUUAACCCCAGUAAUGGUAAAAUAUAUGGAAAGAACCUCCGUUGGCCUUCAUUAUAUCCAGGUUCCACCAGCAAUCUUAACUGGCAUACGAUUACAGUGGAAAAAAUUUACAGUAAUCUCUGCCCACAGGAGGAAGGAAUUAAGAAACAAGAAAAAACUAGUACCUUGAGAGGAUAUGUGCUUACUAGCUAUGAAUAAUGUACUCCAGUAACCAUGAAAAAGUUAAAAAAGAAAGAGAAAAGAAUCUGCAACCUUGUUCCCAGGGUUCUCUCCUACCCGCCCUACGCUCCAUAGGGUGGGUAGGAGAGAACCCUGGGAACAAGGUUGAAGAAUCUGUUAAAUUCGCAAAAAGAAUUAGGUGAUGCCGGUAAUGGAACCCAGUACCUCUGCUCCCAAUCCUGCCCAUCCUGCUGAACAAGGGUAACGCAGACUCUGGGAAUGAGAUUGCACUGCCCUGGAGAUUAAAGUGAAAAAAUGUUAAAGCUGUGUGCUACAAGUUAAUUCAAUUCCAAACAAGCAAAUUUAAAUUGUUUAAUAGUUUGUUUCUCUCUGUGUACCUUAAGCAAAAAAAUUAACCCCAGAGGGUAGCAAAGUCCUUGAAAAGGAAAGGCGCUUUCAAGUAUCGAUUGAACGUGGAUCUCGAGUCUGAGUGGCCUUUACUCAAAGAUACAAUGUACAGUAAUCAUAACAUGAAAUGACAUUCUAAGCAGGCAUAGGAAGGUAAAGACAAAACUUGGAACAAAAUUUUAAUCCUAAAUUAGCGCUAAUCAGCCUUUCAGAACCGGGCCUAGUAUUCAAAAAUUAAUAAUGCAUAGUAAGACUAACAGAAUUUUUCCCUAAUCUCUGAUAUUUAUAAGGUGUUACAUUUUUUGUGUAAUUUUAAAAAAAUGUUUCUUUUCCCUCAAGGCAUUCUGUGGACUUGUUUUUGGACUUCAUUCAGAUUUUUCGCAGGAUCAUGAUUAUUCUUGCCCAAAACAAGGUAUGUUUCUGCUUCAGUUUGCAUUGUCUUCUGAACAAAAGUGUCAUUCUAGAAAAAAAAAUGUUCAUGUAAAUGUAUCAUGGUUUGUACCUUCUUGUAAAGCUCUUGGAUUUCAGCUGCUGUCUUGAAAAGUCCUUGAAAAGCUCUUGAAUAAAUCUGAAUCUUACGUCUUGAAGGAAAGUUCAUGUACUUUCAAUUUAAGACAUUUCAUUGUCACUUCUGUACAAAUUUCCUGUUUCGAGUGCAUGACUCAACACCCAACGUCACAUGAACAUUGAUGCCUUAUCACACUUUAUGUCUAAUAUCAUGGGUGACGAAUUACUACACUACUUAAUUUGAAAUACCUACAUGUGAAAAUUACAAAACCUUUGCGGGUAGUAGUAUAAACAAAUAAUAGCAUGAUUUGUACGUGAUAUUUUGCAUAAAUACCACUAGUGAUAUUUCAAAAUUGUCUCAAAUUUCACUCUCCUAACGGCUCAUGAAAUUACGUAUAACAGUUUUGAAAUAUCACUCGUGGUAUUUAUGCCAAUUAUCACUACAAAUCAUGCUAUUACCUAUAUACUAAUUUAUAAUUUCACAUAUAAAAUGGUAUGAAUGAAGAUGUCAGGGCAUUAAAAGACACUUUUGAAAACCUAAACACACCAAAGAGCACAUCAAGAAGGUUUCUAACAGGUAUUUUGCUGAGACAUUCUGAAAAUUCUGAACUAUAGCCAAAUUUGAGCUCUAAGCUUUUGAGUUCUCCGAUCAAUGCGAUAAAACCAUGAUAAACAUGUCAAAAAUCCAUGAUUGCAAUCCUAAUCUGUCACCCAUGAUAUUAAUAGGCAAUCAGCAAAUGGUAUGCUCGUGAAAUUAUUCCCUAUUUUCACUCGUCACCAUUUGAUUACACAUACGUAUUGAAAAAUGCUAAUAAUUACUUAUAUUGGGCUUGUUUCAACAUUAAUAAAGGUACCCCAGAGUACCCCACCAUGUGCCUUACAGUAAAAGGACAGUUGUUUUGCUCUCAUUUUCCACUGCCUGUGUUUCUGUGUCAUUCUUUAGAACCUUUGGAAAGUGCUUGAAUUUUCAUUGGCAUUUUUUGUACAAACCAUGAUCUACCGCAUGUCUCUCACACCAUAGCACUAACUAUGCACACAUACAUUAUUUUGAGUCCAAGACCUCCCCCUCAACCUCAAGAACUUUCAGUCAAACUUUGCAAUUGAAAGGUUCAUUCUAGAGAGAGAGAGUAGUUAAGAUAGUUAUAAGGACCUAUGCAAGUAAUGAUUAGGGUAGUAGAGGAGGUAGGGUGACUGAGCGUUUAGAGUGCUGGAGUUGGAAUCUGAAGGCCCCUGGUUCAAGUCUUAGUCUGACUGCUAUUGUAGCUGGAUUUGUUCUCGGUAGUCCUGAGUGCAAAUACUCCACUACGCUAGUAAAAUAACCAACUGGUUCGACUUCUACCUCUUAAUCACGUUGGGUUCCAUUUGAAUUUUUUUUCAUUAUCCCUGAAAGCUCCCAAAGAGGAGAGGGUAGUUAUAUAUUCUUGUUAAUUUUUUUUUAGUUCAGAAUUGUGCAAGUUAUUAAUCUGAUCAUUAACUUUGGCCAGUUACUCUCUCAAAAUUAUAGGAAAUCUUUCAUGAAAACGUAUACGUAUCCUUUUUCUCAAUUCUUUGGUAUUUGGUUAGUCCCUCUGUGUUAUUAAUACUGCCAAUGGUGAAUAAGGAAUAAAAGCAGAUGAAACAAACUGAAAUGAAAAUUCCUCAACAUCACUUAAUAGAAGCUAAUUUAAUUGCAGGAAUCUAAGAAAAGGAAGAACUGAAUCACUGGCCGGAAAGACUGCCGUGACACAGUCAUCUUGUGUUAUCAUGUUACAGCGGAAUAAAUAAAUGAAAACUUCGUCUUUAUUUAACACUUAGAAGUUUUAGAAAAUAAUGUCACGAAGGCUUUUAGAUAAUUAGGCGGUUUCUUAGGUGGUUUGUUUUCACUAAGGUAAUAGAAAAAAAAAGCAGGCAAGGCUUUUCCCACCUGUUUUCUGCUUUAGUUUUUGCAUUCAAGUAAGGUCGCUUACAAGGGUGUCGCGUGUGUCCAUCUACAAGGGAAUCUUUAUAUGUAAAGAUCACUUUUAUACCCAAUAAACUGGCACAUAGCCAUUGUGAGUGUGAUAUUUCCUGCAACAUACGAGCUGUUUUUUUCAUGUUUCUUUAAAAUUAAACCCUUGAAUUUUGUCUUUGCUUGCAGUUUUGGUUAACAAUAUGCUUGAAAUGCAACAACAUACCAUGAUGGUAUUGUCAUUUUCAGACUGUUAGGUUCUUUUCAUCGGCUCCUUCCAACCGUAACAAUAAAUAAGAUCCUGGCCCAGGUUGUUCAAAAGAUGGAUAGCGCUAUCCACCGAAUAAAUCAUUAUCCAGCAGAUACGUAUU